UACAUUUCCCAGGAUCCUUUGAGGCGCGGCAGCAGCAGCAGCUGUGUGCGCUCCGGCUUGCCCGCAGCAAAGUGAUGAUAACACGCCAAACAAGGUACAAUGAGAGAGCGUUGACUUUUAUAUUUCGCCUGCUCUCUUGCGAGUGAUGCCCAAAUCUGUGGAGUAGCACAAUGGCUGUCGAAGCUGCAGCCUUCAGGGGUGAUGAAAAGGGUCCUCGGCUCCCUUCGGUGUUUUUAGAAAAAAGAGCUGUUCACUGCAACCUGAGCCAGAAUGGCAUCGACCACCAGAUGUGUCCGGAGGAUGUGACUUCACAGCUGGAGGAAGAGGAGGAGUCGGUGGACGCUGGUCCUGUACUGCUGGAUGACGACAGCCCGAGUUACCAGGACAUCAGCCCCCCCGUGUACCAGCGGCGCUUGCCGCCACAUCGCUCCGUCUCUGAGUCUGAGCUGACACGGCCAGGAUACGUGAAGCUGUCCAAGCCAGUGGCCCUGUGGACUCAGCAGGACGUGUGCAAAUGGCUGAAGAAACAUUGUCCCAAUCAGCACCAGAUCUACAGCGACUCCUUCAAACAGCACGACAUCACAGGACGGGCUCUGAUGAGAUUGACAGACCGAAAGCUGGAAAGAAUGGGAAUCAUGCAGGAAGCCCAGAGGCAGCACAUCCUGCAGCAGGUCCUGCAGCUCCGCGUCCGGGAGGAAGUCAGGACUCUCCAACUUCUCACACAAGCCUCUCUGGAGUGCACUCCUUCUUCGCCAUAGCCUGACAGAGCAGGACUAGACAGUCACAGAAGGAUGAAGACGCCCACCACCUUGCCAAUAUUCGCCCAACACGUGACUCCCAGUCUUCUUGGUGGAACAGUCACUGCAGUCUCACACCUUUGGUCUCCGUCCUCGGCUUCUCCAAAGACAAAAAGAAAAAGUCAUGCCUUCCUCCCAGCCACUCCUGAGAAACUCCCACAAGCUCUGACUUGCCGUUUCCUCCCAGUCCAAACAAUUCCUCACAGCUUCCUGGACUCUGACCAAUACUUUCCAUUACCAAUCUUCCAUCAUCUCUGACCUUUGCAGCCAAACCUAGACCUGAUCUAUCACGCUAGAACUCCUACUCUCUUUCACUUCACUCCCUCGGGAAUCAUGCCGAUAGUCAAGUCCUCCUAACCGUCAUGUACCCAGAAUUCAACAUGUGCUGGGUUUCCCAAAAGCAUUUAAGAUAAUCUCUGCACCAAGGCCUUGUGAUUGGUCAAUAGUUUUGGGUGUGUUUGUGUGUGCGUACGUGCGCUGAUUUGGUUUUGGGGAUCUCAACCCUAACAGUAAAGAGUGACACCUAUAAUCCAUCCUUUCACAUCAAAAUGCAGUCUCUUGGUCUGUUUGUGGCAUGUUAGCUCCUUCAUCGUAGCACUUCAACGUGUGUUUUCUCCCGCAGUAGCGCUCUUGAGCCUGAGCAUGAUGACUGUCCACAACACCCCUACCAUACACCUCCUCUUCCCUUAUUCUUCACCCUUAUCUCCUCACCGACUAUUCCCACAACCGCAAAAAGGGGUGAGACGUUUACUCUCUCUUUCUCUCUCUCUCAUUCUGUGCAUAGAUCCUGGUGAACAGCUGGUGGAGUGUCCACAUCUCUGUCCUUGCUUUUUUGCCCUCUCCAUAUUGUGGAUCACUCUCUUAUAGUUAGGCAGUAAGCCUGAGAGAGAACUUCACUGUGAAAACAACCAACACUUAGCCUGGGAAUAAACACUGAACCUGGCAGCACAUUAGGUACAGUUAAGUUGGCUCGCGUGAAAUGAACGACGUGGUGCAAAAACAUAGGAGUCUGAAGGAGGUGAAGCAGAACCUGAGAAAAUAAAAAGGGGGAUGAACUGCGAGAAGGAAAAUCCCUCGGUGUUCCUAAAUGCACCGUGCCAAUAGGUAAACUGAAACAAAGGGAAAGGGAGUGGCUUAAUGAAAAAGAAGAAGAAGAAGGAGGAGGAGGAGGAGGAGCAGGAAAAGCAAAAGGGCUUCGUGAACCGAGAGAUACUUCGACUUGAAAUUCUUCACCACUAAUGAGGAGAGAGAAAGAAGAAAAGACAUCACGGAUAACAAAAGAAGAGCCUUUUCAUUUCCUCCCCUCAGUAUCGCCGACUCUUUAUUCCUGUCUCUGCUUUCCAUCUCACUGCUUGAAACUAUUUUUAGAUGAAAUAUAUUGAAAAUAGUGUAGAAAGGAAAUGUGCUGUGUGCAAAAAAGCUCAUCAUGGAAAUGUUGUCUGCCAUCUUAUUAGCAAGAUACACUGUAUUCUAUUUAUCGCUGAUGAGGAACUCAAAUCUCUGUCAAUGUGAAUAAUGGCCACUCACUGUUGAUAUUAUAGAUAUUUUAACUGCACUUAAAAGCACAUGUGUCUGUCACGGAACAAAACAGCUGUUACUCAGUCCGUUGCCAUCUCCUCCACAGUGUCUGUGAGUGUAAAUAUAUUAUAAAAUCCUGUAGCCAGUUUAAUGACCUCUUAAUAUCAGCCGCUGAUUUCCGGAAUGAUUAUUUAUCAAAAGCUCGUAUCCACUCCGGUGUAGCUGUUGUCAUGGUAACAACAUCUUUCCUCUCCUGGAUGGGAGCUGUCAAUCAGAAGAGCAUAGAAUAGCUGCUGCAGUUGGAGCAGAGGGGGUGUCGGGGGGGUGGAGGGAAUGGGGGUCAGCAUCGGCCCCUGAGAGCCAUUGCGUUUUAAUGGGAUUCCAUUUGUACAAGGGCCCCUCUGUGUCCAGCCAUUCAUUGUUUGGAUAGCAACUGUAGCCUAAUGCAGCAAAGACCUGUGAGCAGAUUGAAUAGUAUUGAUCAGUUCUUUGGGACAUACAGUCGGUCCUCCAGGAUUACAAAAGCCUCAAGGAGUGUUUGUGUGCGUGUGUGCGUGUGUGUGUGUGUGUGUGUCCUGACAGUCACAUAGGAAUGGAGUUGUUCGGGCUAAAACACAAGUGGUUAUUUCACGGUCCGGUGGAGAUGCCGUGUCCAUGUCUGUCAGGGCCACAGGAGGGACGGGAGGGGCUGAAGCCUCCAUUAAGUUUGGAAUUUCUCCACUCCCCCGAUUUCUGAUUGGAAAACUGUCAAUAUGUGAAACUGGGAGAAGAAGUCUGUGGCAAUGAAAAGCUGAUGAGUUUGAGAUCUGGCUUAAUUUAUGCAAAUAACCCUUGGCAGUCGUUUAUUUUCAUCAAUGUAAUGAGCUGAUAUUGAUGGUGAUAUUGUUUUAAAAAAAUCAAUAUAACCUCUUAUUGGAGUAAAGGUUUGCCAUUUUGGGAAAUGCACUUAGUAGCUUAAUGAGUUUUAGAACAAAAUCCACCUACCGGCACUACUAAAGUACAUUGGGUUAUAUGUCACAUUUACAGUUUGUUUGUGUGACCUUUUUUCACGGACUCAUGUUCAAAUGUUUCUUACCUUGUGUGAGCAAAACUUAAAGUUUAGCUCUUUCACAAAGACGAUGAGAUCAAUGCAACUCCUGCGUGUGUGCAUUAAAUAUAAAGCGACAUCCAGCAGUUAGUUAGCUUAGCCUAGCAUACACUCAGCCUCAAUCUCAGUCCAAAAUGUGGCUUCUAGCGCAGAAAAAAAUCAAAGUAUAAAAAAUGACAAAUAAAUAAGAUACAAAUGAGAUGCUGGAAGGUGGAUUUUGUUUACUUAAGACCAAGCUAGACUAAAUGUUCCCCCUGGUUUCCAGACAUCAUGGCAGGCUAAGCUAACUGGCCGCUGACAGUUGUUUCAAAUUCAGCACACAUACAUGAGUACUGUAUCUUCUCAUCUAACUCUUGGCAAGAAAGAAAACAAGCAUAUUUCCCAAAAUGUCAGGCUAUUGCUUUUGGUUAGAUUCACCAUUUAACUAAUGUCAGAGUUUUGCUCAGAAACAGAAGCAUUAAGAUUUGUACAAAAAAGGCUGACAAAAACAAGGUCCAUUCAUUCUCUUAAUCCACAGAGAAAAGAACACAAGGCUGACGUAUUGUGAUCUCGCAGUAUAUGAACCACUUUCAUUGAAUUUCAUCAUAUUUUUGAUUGUGGCCCUGUAAAGAAAGUACUGUGUCAGUAUUCAUACUCAGUUGCAAUUCUGCACUUGUGUGGCUGUUAAAGGAUUAUUGAAAGUGUUGUAUUCCCUUUAUCUCGAAGCGUCUUUGAAAUUCAUUUUUACAAAUUUCAUGCAGGCAGUCUAAACUUUGGGUCAAGUACUAACAAAUGUAGCAGUGCGCUUUAGCGAUCCAUAUCCCAGGCUGCAGCGUUGUAAUAAAACUCUGGGCAUAGGCAGUAAAAUAUUGAUUCUUUAUUGUUACUCUCCAGAUUGUGUGCUCGCUCCCUACUUGCAGGAGAGGAAGUGAGGGAAUAGAUUUUCCUCCAGAGGCAAGAGGGGAACUUUCCACUGCACAUCUGGCACCGAUAUCCAGGUUUAACCAGGUCGAGAUCUGGCAAAUGUGCCAAAGUGUCUGAGGACUUGCCUGAACUUGCUCAGCCUGUAGUCUCAAAGUACCUGCAAGAGUUUUGGCACAUACCGAUAGACACCGAUACACAGUCCACUGUUACACAAUGCCAGACUAAAGCUCACCAUGUUAUUGCACAAGAACUUUCACACAAGCUGGCAUGCAAGUAGAAAUGUGCACAAACCCAGACUUUGUGUUUAAAACACACAUACACAAGCACACACACACACAGACAGACGCACACCGUGACACUCUAUACACACAUAUUUCUCAACAAAUUAGCAGUAAACAAAGUCACAGCCGCUCACAGGUUUUCACAUUAGUUAUGCAUAAACAAGUGUAGAGACAAACAUGCAAGCGACGCCUCAAACACAAUCCAAACAGAAGACUACAAAUCUAAGAGUUUUGUUUCUGCCGUGUUGACAGCAUGACUCCAUUCUGUUCUGUGUGUUUUUGUAACCAACAGGCAUGCAGACCAAGUCUCUACUCCCAACCUAUCUACAUAUAAGGUGCCUAACAGUGGAUAUUAAUGAUGAUGCUGAUAUCUUGACGAGUAUAUAUAAUAAUAAACAGAUUAAUCUUCGUG